AUGAAUCAACAGGGAGGAGCAGGAGGAGGUAUGGGAGCAGGCGUAUCGGCGAUGGGAGGAGCUGUAUCACAGUACUGGAAAAAGAACAUAGCCGACAGCAUUUGGCUCAGAGUAUUUGUCCAUUUCCUUGCGGCGCUAGCCUUGCUCUUCCAAUGUCUCGUGAUUCUUGACUGUGUACCUGGUGCACAAGGGGCAUCGAGCGGAACGUCAAGGUAUUAUCUGGUAGAGUUCAGCGCCAUGAACGGCACCUAUUCGACGAGGUUGCGCGUGGGAUACACAGCAAUGUGUGUUUCGCUCUCCGGCCAGUCGGAGCACUGUGCCGUUACAGUGGGCAAGGACGAAGAUUCAAGCCUCCGAUAUUUGUCAACGGGGACCAACGACGCCAACAGCUACGAAACUCUGCCACCGAACGCAAAGCUGAACCCGGUAUUGUACGAGGUGGCUUCACAACUGCAAAGAAAUGUUUUCGUUGUUCUUCCGGCAAUUCCGGGAGCUUUUCUUGCUAUCGGCUGCAUCUUGCUUGCUCUCUACGGUAUCAUGAACAGACCUUGGGUUGGCCCAGCAUCGUCCUACAGACAGUCUCGAAGAAACAGGCAGCUUGAUAUCAUGCGACUGGUCAUGAUCGUCUGUAUCGGUCUGUCCAUUGUGUUCUCGUUGGCUGUGGCAGUCGCCAAUUCACAGAUGUUUGCCGCUUUGAAGUACGCAACCGGCCACAAUCAAGAAGGAGAGCCUGAUGUCUUCACGAUCGGUCGAGGUUCCAACGCACUCGCGUUGCAUUGGCUGGCAGUGAUAGCCACUAUCGGCUUCUUUGUUGGAAUCGUCCAGACGCAUAUUCAGAUCAGCAGUGUCAGGAUCACGGUCGAGCCGGAUGACACGGCAGGAACAACUGGCAGCCACCAGUACGCCGCAGUCGGCGACACUAUCGAGAAAGCAUCUCUCCUGAAAAGUGCCGAGCCCAUGGCCAUGAACCCAACAGGACUGCAGCCUCAAGGACCUCAAGGCGGGCAAGCUGGAGCUGGUGCACGCGGAGGGGCUAUGGGCAUGAGAGGCCGAGGUGGCAUGGCCGGUGCGAGAGGAGGAGCCAUGGGCGCAAGAGGGGGUGCAAUGGGCGCACGUGGAGGUGCGAUGGGAGCCCGUGGAGGCAUGGCCGGCCGUGGCAGAGGAAUGUAA